CGAAAAUUAAAAUUAAAUAAAUAAAUAAAAAUGCGUUCGGUUAAUGCAUAAAGAACAUGUCAUUGUUUCCAGUGAAAACAGAAAGAAGUCUCGAGUGCUCGAAAGCGGUCAAUCUGGCAACACGUGCGGCAGCAGCAGUGAGGACCGGAGUCAGCCACCUCACCAUCUGCACGAGCCGAACGGGAUGUCGGGAAGUCGAUAGAGAAAGAGGACGGGGAGGUGGGUGAUGUCGGUGAUUAGCACGGGAGUGGGAGGGACACAACUAAAUGCAUUGUACGAGAAAUAGAUUCGUUGCACGAACAGCAGAGACGCGUGCACUGUAUUGAGUAGCAGCACCGUUUGCUCUUGCAUCCGUGUUUUGUUUUGUUUGUGAACACAUCAGUGAUGUCAGUGUGUUAGCAGUCAGCUGCGGACAAUCCGCUCGCGCACAGCUGAUCAGACUCUUUGAUCAGACUGCACCGAUUCCGACUCACCGUCCUAAAGCUUCAUUCAUCCUGAUCGUCGCAGAAGCAGCUGGUGAACGUUGUGUCUGUUGGAGAGGUGCCUGAUGCUCGGAGCCAGCAGGAUGGAUGAGUUUGUGACCGAAGAAGACGAGCCAUGGUACGACCAGAGAGACCUGGAGCAGGACUUGCACUUGGCAGCAGAGCUAGGGAAGACCCUUCUGGAACGCAAUAAGGAGCUGGAGGACUCGCUGCAGCAGAUGUACAUCACCAAUGAGGAGCAGGUGCAGGAGAUUGAGUAUUUGUCCAAGCAAGUGGAGAUGCUACGGGAGAUGAAUGAGCAGCACGCGAAAGUCUAUGAGCAGUUGGACGUGACGGCUCGAGAGCUCGAGAUCAAUAACGAGAAGCUGGUGUUGGAAAGCAAGGCUUCACAUCAGAAAAUAGACAGGUUGACGAGCACCAUGGACAUGCUGCAGGGCCAGGUGGAUACGCUGACGGCCCGUGUGGAGGAACUGCGCACACUUGAAGAGCUCAGGGUUCGCAGGGAGAAGAAAGAGAGAAGAAAAACUGUGCACUCCUUCCCAUGCCUCAAGGAGCUCUGCACCGCACCCAGGUAUGAGGAUGGAUUCAGGGUUUCUGACCCAGGUAGUGGUGACCUGCAAGAGCGGCGGCCAGCAGAUGAUGAGAACGAUCACCUGCGUGCACUGGUUGCGACUCUUCGUGCUGCUGUGUCAGCUGAACGUGGGCGACGGGAAAAUGCAGAGCGCGAGUGCACUGCCGUGCUACAGGAGUUCGAGCGCUUGGAGCAGCGACUUCUGGGUGCUGAGGGCUGCCAACAGCGUGUCCAUGAGUUGGAGGCAGAGCUGCAGGAGCUACAGCAGCUACGCAAGUCACGUGCCUGCUUACUGGUGGCUGAAGAUGGCCUGGAGCAGACGCUGCUCAGCAAUGCCCCAGAAACGGAUACAAUGGAGGACAUUGCAGGCACAUCUCAAGAAAGCUCUAGUGAACCACCAGUACGCAAGAGCUGUAGUGACACAGCACUGGACGUCAUCUCAGCCGUAGACGCGUCUGGACGACGCAAAGGAAGCUAUGCACUCCAUGCCAAUGGGGUGCGCAAACGUGGCAUGUCAAUCUUGCGUGAAGUUGAUGAGCAGUAUCAUGCAUUGCUUGAAAGGUAUGAGGAGCUGCUGGGCAAGUGCCGGCGCCAUGAAGAGAGUCUGUGCCAUGCUGAGGUGCAAACAUCACGACCUGUGUCCAGAGACCCGUCCAUGAAGGAGUGUCGCGCAGCAGAGGCCGCAACACAGCCAGGCACGCCACCGCAACCUCCCUCAACACCUGAGGCCAUGGAGGGCAUCAGCCGGCAGGUGGAGUCUGUGGACAAACGGCUGAGCCAGAACACACCAGAGUACAAGGCUCUGUUCAAGGAGAUCUUCUCGCGCCUGCAGAAGACCAAGACCGACAUCAACUCCACUAAAGGAAGGAAAAGUGGGAAAUAGCUCUAGGCUUUCCUGCUCAUAGGAAUGCAUAGUGGGAGCUAUUAUUCUACCUUAAUUAAUUGACCAGAUUCAGUAAGCUGGCAUUUGAAAAAGUUUCCUGCUAGUGCAGAGCUAAUGGCUAGAGUAGAAUAUCGGGGCUUACUUGUGACGUUGGUGGACGAACACUGACAGAGCAGGUUAUGUCUUAUGGAUCUUUCCUUAGUUGUUUGUGUUGUAAGGAAGAAUUAAGAUAGGUUCCAGGAAAACCAACAAUGAGAGACUAACAUGCUAGCAGGUGACCUGUAUUGGGGGGAGAAAAAGGUACACCACUGCUUAUUAUUCCUAUUUGCUUAACUGUAUGUAACAACAACCUCUAUUCUGUAAUCACCUCUUUCCAAUAUUAAAAGACACUUUGCUUA